AUGUCUCCAACAACAACGACCACAACGGCCACGGCCACCAAAAACCAAAAUGAAGAUGCUCCGCAAGAAAUCCCGGAAUUAAAAACCUACCCCGCCACCAUAAAAGAAGACCUCAUCCCCGCCCUCCACCUCAUCGCCGACUCCGUCGCGCAACAGCGCCAAACCGCCGCGCGCGCACUCAUCUUCCACCCGCUCUGGCUGUCGGCCAUGGCCGCGGUGAUCGCAAUUGUCUAUAAAGCGCUGUACACCGAUUCGUCUGACCUCCCGCUCAUCGGGACGACGAGCGCGGGGUGCGUGAUGGCGGGGUUGUUGGUUGUGAGGGGGUUGACGGGGGGUUAUAUUGAGGAGGCAGAGAGGGUUGGAAAAUGGGAGUGGCUUUUUCCUAGUCCCACUGACCCUAAAGAACAGGGGCAAGGGGAGGAGCAGGAGGUUCUGGUAACCAAGUUCGGGGAGAGGAUUAUUGGGGCGGUUGUGCUGCGUGGGGUUCCUGCCGAGAAGGGAAAAGUGGACGGGGUUAUUCGGGCGUGGACGGUUGAGAGGCGGUACAGGGGGAAAGGGGUGGGGGUUGGAUUGCUGGAGGAGGCGGUUGAGAUGUGCAGACAGAAGGGAUGGGAGGGGCCGGUGUUUGACGAGGAGCAUGCGAAUGCGAAGAGGGUGUUACCUGGGUUGUUUAAUGGGGGGUUUGAGAGGAGGGAGAAGUGGGCGAGGAAGGUGUUGGAGGGGGUGAAGAAAAGAAUGGAGUAG